AUGGAUCCCAUCCAACAGCUCAGUGCGAUGAGAAGCCAAGCACAGCGAGCGCAGUUGGAAAGUUGGCUGGGGAUGCAACUGCCUUUCGAUGAUGAGGUCCUGGAGUACCUGCUCCGACUCUCGCAAUUGGUGGAGUCGGAGGAGUUGAGCUUGUUGGUGGCUGACUUCUGUCCUCAUUGGCCCGAAGGAAUGCAGCUGGCCCUGGCGGCGUCUCUCUCACCCCAGGCCUUGCGUGUAAGGCAUGGAGUACCAGGUUCUAAGCAGAUUCUGCUGGAGCCACCUGCCCGACAGGAGAGAUGUGAGAUGCCGGGUCGCACCAUUCGAGGUGUUGAGCCUGGCAUCAGGCCAAAGAUCAAGCUGUUGCCCGAGGCACCUCGCAAGGAAACGCCAGUCGAGGUCAUCACCAAGGCAGAGCCAGUUCCUGUGGAUUUGCAGCAGACGAUCAAAGACAUCGUCCAAGAACAACUGGCCCUGCAGCAACGCCUUCAGCGCAGCAUCUCGCCCAAGGCCGGUGCGAUGACGCAACGCCCGUCCUCACGCUGCGCCUCGCCGGAUGCGGAGGCAGAGAGGCGACAAAAGUGCACCUCUUACCGCCCCAGGGAGCAAAGUAUCCAAGAGAUCAUCAAUCAGCAGCUUCUUCUGCAGGAACAGCUCCGGCCACUGGCUGAAGGAGGUCAAGAUAGAGAUGCUGGGGUGAUGGUCACAUUGGAUUUGCCAAAAACAUCUGUGCCCAGCGAGGGAAUCAGCGAGUUCAAGGAGCGCAUGCCGGAUCACCGACCCAUCAAGGACCUCUCUUGCACGCAAGAGACAGAGCUCGGCGGAGGCAGCGGUCUAAACGCCAGGGCUGAAGUAGAGGAGUUCCAUGAAGUCCAUGGCACUCUGAGCCCACAGGUGAACUACAACGGCUUUCGAGAGCAGAGCUGCGCGGAGAGGAGCGUCGACCUGCCCCAAGACCAACUCGCCACCGAAAGAGGUCAUCACAUCUCCACUGGCAGGCUCAUUGAUGUGGCAGUGAAGUUUCCUGAUGGUCGAACCAGCUGGCAGCGCUCUGCUCCAGAGGCUACAACUUUGGACCUGAAACAGCGCUUGGCGCGGGAGUCGGGCUUGGAUACGGAGAUCUUGAGGUUGACUUUCCUGGGAUUGAGGCUGAAGGACCACUGGCGCUUGGUCGACUGCGGUAUUCGAGCUCAUGACAAGCUGCAGGCUUCCUAUGUGGGGCCUCACGCCUUCAGUUGCAAGGAUCUGGGUGGACGUGAACCCGGACGACAGAGCGCCGGGCCGUUGCCCAGUCUUGACGAUCCAUUCAAGGAAGGCGUCGAUGCUUCACCGACUUCGCCUGUCCAGUCCCUUUCGGAGAGUCCAAAGGUGGAAGAUGCAGAGCCCAGGUGGAGCGCCGCUGUGGCGUCGCUGCAGCACGGCAUUGAUGCGCUUCAAGAGACCAUGAAGACGUCACAGCAGCAGCAACAAGAGAACCUGGCGGACUGCAGGCAUUCGCUGAGCAUGCUUCAGCAGCAGCAACAGCAUCAGCUGAAAGCCUUGCACUUCAUCGAGGAUCAGCAGCGUAGCCUCUUCAAGAGUGCAGAGUCCUCCGAGAUGAAAGAAGGGCUAAAGCAACUGCAGCUGGAACAGCAACAGCUUCGUGCAAGGUUGAGCCACCUGCGCCAAGACCUUCUUGACACAAGGGAAUCUCCCACAGUGGAGAUGGUUCAGAGCUCCCCGCGCGCGAAUCGCUGGGCAGAAGAGGCUCUGUCGCCAGUGCCAGUGUCGCCAGUGUCGCCUGGACAUGAGCAUCGAAGAUGGCUGAUCCUGCAAGUCUUCAGGAUGUUGGACCGUGACCGCGAUGGCUUUUUGCAGCAGGGGGAACUCAUGGGCCUCGCGCGGCUCAUGGGUUUCAACUUCUCGGAGGACGAGUGGCGCGCGGAGUACCAGGAGCUCUGCAGUGAUAUGGAGAUCCAGCCGCAAAAGGGCUUUGACUCCAUAUCCUUUACCAAGUUGUUGGACAGCGAAGAUGGCUGUCCAGCCACUGAUGAGAAUCUGUUCGAGGCACUGAUCAAUCAUUGUCCCGACAAGAGGCGAGCCACUGCAGCAGUGGAGCUCUUUGAACGCUUAGACCUGGACCGCGACGGUUUCCUGUCCACUGGUGAGCUGCGGGAGCUUCCAGGAAUGCAAGGGAUCUCCUUGGAGGUGCAUGACUUCGCUGGUUUAGCACAGAUACUGAAAGAUGGAAAGUUCUCAGAUCUAACCAUCGACCUUGGACACCUCAGUGGUCCUGGUCCCGUCGGCCACGUCGUUCCCAUCCGAGCGCACCGCGUGGUGCUGGCAUCGGCCAGCGAUGUCUUGAGAGCACAGCUGGAAGGAACCUUUGGAGAUGACAAGGACUGCUGGCAGCCUGACUGCGGAUCCUUUGGUGCCUGGCGUUGGAUUAUCUCCUGGAUCUAUGGCAAUGUGGAACCAUUGCCAUGGGACUUGUUGGUGGAAAUCUUGGUGGUCGCAGAUCGAUUUGGCAUUCAAGCCUUGGUCUCUGCCAUUAUGGAUCUGGACGUCAGCAGCAAAGCGGAAGAAAUUCUGGAGCAGUUUCUGGACGCCUUUGCGCUGCCUGAAGUAGUCGCCAAGCUUGCCACGAGAUGCCUCCCACAGGUGGUGUUGAGCAACAGCCUAUGGAAGCGCGUGGCUUCAGCGCAGUUCAGCAACGUUGUGCUGGUGGUGAAGCAUUUGCGUCUAACACCCCUGGAUGAGGUCCUAGAUCCCAAGUUGGCGGAAGAGUGUCGACUGCGACUGCUGGGUGAAAGCUUCAAGGAUAAGGAAAAUGUUGCGAUGCCGGACUGCUUCAUCGAUGCCAUUCGCUGGGAAGUGUUCCCUUCCCAGACGUUGAAGGCCGCCUUCUUUGGGGACCUUCGCUACUUCGAAGAAUUGCUGGGUCGACCCUGGCAGCGCACCGAACGCAUGAACAAGGUGCUGGUGGAUGCCUUGGCGAGACGUUGUGAACGUCUCGAGACACGUUUGGAUGUGAUGAAGGUUCGCAGGCCACAAGCUGGACUCUUCGCGAAGUUCCUGGAGAAGGGUCUCGACGUGAAGAUCUCCCUGUCCACACAGCUGUCAUGCAUGGCCAGGGCGCCACUGCAUGUGCUCUUGCAACCAACCCGGAAGGUGUUUGGUACUCUGUCACAGACUGAAGAUGAUUUGCCGUGGAUCGAAAUCAGUUGUCCGGAGGUCUUGGUCCGGGCUUCUGCCGUUGGAUUGCAGCAUGGUUGGUCGGACAACGGCCACAGGUGCCGCGCUUUCGUGGUGGAAGCUCGACAGUGUCCGUCGCAGGGCCAGGAAGCGACCAGUUGGAGACCACUGCUGCAGAUGGAGCGAUUGCUGUUGGAUGAGGGUGAAGUAAUUCAAAUCCCGUCUGACGGGACGGAUGGCCAGGAGGCGGAAGUCUUCAACAACUUCCGUGUGCGCAUGACAGGUCGGACGACUGCGUACACCUGGCACUUGAUGCUCUCGUGGUUCGAGAUCUUUGGGAAAGUGAUGACGUACAAUGGAAUGAAUGAUGGAAUCCGGAUCUGA